UUUCUCUCAGUGUCUCAGAAUUCGCUCUGUCUCAUUGACAUGCCGUCCCAACCCCGCCUCAAGGUGGUCACAGCCAGCAGCAACAGCAUCGCCUCCUUCGAAUCCUUCCCCCUCCUGCCCGCUCUGGAGCACCUGCGUCUGGACGACAACCCAAUAGAGGACGCCCCUGCUCCGCACUUGGCUGCCAUUCUGCUCGCCGCCUCCUCUCUUCUCUCCAACUCCUCAGACAUCAAUGCAGCAGCUUGUGCUUCAUGUUUGCGCGUGCGCACCUCUGCAUGUGUGCGCGCCUCUGCAUGUGUGCGCGCCUCUGCAUGUGCUCACAAGGUGGGGUUGGGAGGGGAGGGCACGGGCCCAUGUGUGUGCAUGGGGUGGCCGCCGCCGUCCCCUCUAAUUGAUGUCAUACCAGCCUCCCUGGUGUCUUUCCUGGCGGCCCACUGGGCACCCAUGCUCCCUGCCGGCUACACCCUUUGCCUCGCUGCUGCUGGACCGCCCCAUACCUUUUCAAUCCCUCAACUGUGUGUGCCUGCCCUGUGUCUCCGUUCCCCCCCACCUCCCCCUGUCCUCCCAGCCUCCCUGGUGACCUUUCUCGCCACCCACUGGGCAUCAACGCUUCCUGCCGGCUUCACCCUCUCGUCGCUGCUGCUCGACCGGCCCAUAGAGGACCGCCCCUGCCACUGCCGCCUGCUGCUGCAGCGCACUGGUGGUGGUGCACGGGCGAGGGAGGAUGGGGAGGAGGAUUGGGGCGAGGAUGGGGUGAAAGAUGGGGGGCAGGAUGGGGGGAAGGAUGGGGGACCAGAUAGGGAGGAGGUUGUGGGUGAGGAUGUGGGAGUUGAAGAGAGAGAGGAGGGAGUUGGGCCAAGGGAGAGGGGAAAGGAGAGGGAGGGAGGGGAGGAGGAAUCAUCAGUGUCAUCGGGUGUGGCGAUGCGGUAUGAGUGGCUGCGGCGGGGCAAAGGGGCUGCGGAGUUCAGCGCCAUUCCCGAUGCUGAGGGGGAGGUCUACACGCCCUCCUUCUCAGACGUGCAUGCGUGUCUCGCUGUGCGCUGCACCCCGCUGCUCCACGGCCAGCCCUGCACGCCCCUUAUCCUCACCACGCCACCAGUCGCCCCUGGUAGGUCCCCUCUCCCACUCCCAGGGGUUGUGUUUUCUCAGACGUGCAUGCGUGUCUCGCUGUGCGCUACACCCCGCUGCUCCACGGCCACCCCUGCACGCCACUCCUCCUCACCUCUCCACCAGUCGCCCCUGCCCUGCACGCCACUCCUCCUCACCACGCCGCCAGUCAUCCCUGGCUUGCAUGCGUGUCUCGCUGUGCGCUGCACCCCGCUGCUCCACGGCCAGCCCUGCACGCCCCUUACGCUCACCACGCCGCCAGUGGCCCCUGGUCCCGGCAUCCCUCGAGUGCAGCACAUGUCGCUGGGAGGGGAGGUGGUGGAGCCUACAGGUCCCGGCAUACCACGAGUGCACCAUGUGUCGCUGGGAGGCGGUGGAGGGGGGCUUGGCGAGGAGACUGUGCCCGGGCAUACCACGAGUGCACCAUGUGUCGCUGGGAGGGGAGGCGGUGGAGGGGGGCGUGCUGACUGCCAUGGUGGAGGUGGGGUGGAGCUCGGGCGAGCCAGGGCCGUGCCAGUACAGGGGUGUGAGGGCGGUGUGCUGACAGCCAUGGUGGAGGUGGGGUGGAGCUCAGGCGAGCCAGGGCCGUGCCAUGACAGCCAUGGUGGAGGUGGGGUGGAGCUCGGCUGGACCCGCUUGGCACCCACAGCUCAGGGCGGGACAACAAGGGAGGAGGUGCAGAGGGGUGGGGAGGAGUACUCCCUCUCACUGCACGACGUGGGGUGUGUGCUGCAGCUCGCCUUCACCCCGGUGUCUGCUGCAGGGGUGAGGGGGGAACCCGCCUCCGCCACCUCUCCCCCCAUUGCUGCCGGUGAGAAUGGGUGCAGAGGGGUGGGGAGCGGUGGGUGUGUGCUGCAGCUCUCCUUCACCCCGGUGUCUGCUGCAGGGGUGAGGGGGGAACCCGCCUCUGCCACCUCUCCCCCCAUUGCUGCUGGUGAGAGUGGCUGCUUGGUGCAGCAGGUGGCGGUGGAGGGGGAAGCACUGCUGGGGGGAGCGCUGCGGGCGAGUGCAGCAGGUGGUGGUGGAGGGGGAGGCGCUGCUGGGGGGAGUGCUGCAGCGCCCCCCCAGGUGCAGCAGGUGGCAGUGGAGGGGGAGGCGCUGCUGGGGGGAGUGCUGCGGGCGAGGGGAACUUAUUUUGGGGGAGCAGAGGGGGCGAGUUUGCUGCAGUGGUUCCGGGAGGAGGGGGGGAAGGCGGAGGGGGGGUUGGAGGAGGGGGAAGACGGAAGGAGUGCGGCCGGUGCUGGUAGCAACAGUGGUCGUUUGCGACUAGUGCCAGUGGGCGAGGGCAGAGAGUACGCAGUGCAGGCGGACGAUGUGGGCUGCUACCUGCUGCUGCGCUACACGCCAGUCGCCUCCUCAGGUCUGAUCGGAGAGCCAGUCACAGCGCGCUCGCCUAUCAUCUGCCUCCCCCUACCCCAUGCCAGCGACGUGGCGAUGAGGGGCCACUGGUGGAGGGAGGAGAGGUACGGACGGGUGGAAGGCGGGGAGGUGCGGGUGCGGGCACGGUUGCAAUGGGCAGAGGAGGGGCACAGCGUGGGAGAAUGGCUCUUCACACUCACAGCCCCUCUUCCCUCUUUCGCACUCCCUUUCCUCCCCACCCAUCCUCCACCAGCGCUGCCGCGGGCGAGCGAUUUGGCGAUUGAGGGGCCGCUGGUGGAGGGUGGGGAGGUGCGGGUGCGAGUGCGGUUGCAAUGGGCCGAGGAGGGGCGCAGCGAGGUGGAGUGGUUCUUCACUCACACGCCCCACUCCCUUUCAACUGCGGACCUUCAGCCCAUCACUGCUGAGACCCCCAACUCCAUGGUGAGAGCCGCAACAAGGGGGUGCAGGGGGCGGAGAAGGGAGGGAUCUGAGGGGCCUCAAGAGGAGGGGCCUCAAGAGGAGGGGCCUCAAGAGGAGGGGCCUCAAGAGGAGGGGCCUCAAGAGGAGGGGCCUCAAGAGGAGGGGCCUCAAGAGGAGGGGCCCAGUGAGGUGGAAUGGUUCUUCACCCACACGCCCCACUUCCUUUCCACUUUCUCUCCCUCCGUCCAACCACCUAUAAUCCCACCAGGCCCUCACAGUGCCUCUGGAGGCCAUGGGGUCGCACGGGGCAGUGCGGCUGGUGCCAGAGCCCUCACAGUGCCUCUGGAGGCCAUAGGGUCGCACCUGGCAGUGCGGCUGGUGCCGGUGCGGGCAGAUGGGGUCAAGGGCAGGCCUGUGGUCGCCGUGUCCUCUGCUGCAGUCACAGAGGGUGAGUCGCAGGUGUUGAGUGUGGACGAGGAGAGUGGGGAGGAGGAGGGGGGGGUGCUGGUGAUGGGGCAUUACUCUUUCACGCCUAUCAGGCACACUCUGGCGAUGCUGCUGAUUCACCCGUCUCCCAUACUGCAUUCCCUUUUCACCACCCUGCCCUUCCUUUUCUCCCGCCCAGAGGGCGAGCCGCAAGUGUUGAGUGCGGAUAUGGAAGGGGAGGAGGAGGAGGGGGGUGUGCUGGUGGGGUAUUACACUGCGGAUAUGGAGGGCGAGGAGGAGGAGGGGGGUGUGCUGGUGGGGUAUUACACGUACCAGGGAGGGGCCGAGGGGGACUCGCUCCUGGAGUGUGCGGAUAUGGAGGGCGAGGAGGAGGAGGGGGGUGUGCUGGUGGGGUAUUACACGUACCAGGGAGGGGCCGAGGGGGACUCGCUCCUGGAGUGGUACCGAUAUGCGGACGAGGACGGCCAGCCGGGGCCACACGGCGAGCUGGUAGAAGACGAGGACGGCGAGCAGCCGCGGAUGGCGGGGGGCGGCAUGAGUCGGCACAUGCCGUCCGCUAGCGACGUGGGCUGCUUCCUCUCCUUCCGCGUCACUCCUGUGCGAUCCGACGGGGUGGUCGGCACCCCCCAGGCAGUCUGCACGGCCGGCCCGAUCCGGGCGGCGCUGCCGUCCGUCAGCGACGUGUGGGUGGAGGGCGAUCUGGUGGAGGGCGGGCGGCUGGUGCCCAGGUGGACGUAUGCGGGCGGCAGGCAGGGCAACACACGCGUGCAAUGGUUCUCGAUGCUUCCUGACAUGAGUGAUAAGCGCCGCAUCCACCCUCUCAAGCAUCAGGGGGAGGAGGAGGGGGAGGAGGAUGGGGGAUUGAGUGUGGGGGCGGAGGAGGUGGGGCGGGUGGUGGUGGUGGUGUGCGUGCCGGUGAGGGACGAUGGGGAGGAGGGCGCUGCUGUUGAGAGCAGUCCUGUAGGGCCCAUCAUGGCAGCCCAUCUCUGCACUGCAGCAAGCUGUUCAGCGCACUCUCACCAAGUUUCUCUCAUGCUCUCACCCCUCUGCCAGGAGUUCACUGCCGUCCUUCCGCACACUCGUCUCCUCCAUUCCAUUCUUCCCCUCUCCCUCGCCCCUUCCCCCCCCAAUACCCUCCCAGCGCCCCCCUCGUGUGUGAAUCUGGCGGUGGAGGGCGAUGUGCGGCCGGGAGGGCUCCUCACCUGCCGGGCGCUCUACUGUGGAGGGCAGCAGGGCGAGUGCCAGGUAGCAUGGGUGAGAAUGACGCCCUCAGGGGAGGAGCAGCUUGUGGGGCGGCAAGGCACGUACACAGUGACAGCAGAGGACGUGGGGAGUCGGCUGCGAGUGGAGUUCACUCCUGUGCGGGCCGAUGGGGCUGCUGGGGAGGUUGCACCCAUUUCUGAGGCGCGCACGUACACAGUGACAGCAGAGGACGUGGGGAGUCGGCUGCGAGUGGAGUUCACUCCUGUGCGGGCCGAUGGGGCUGCUGGGGAGGUUGCACCCAUUUCUGAGGCGCGCACGUACACAGUGACAGCAGAGGACGUGGGGAGUCGCCUGCGAGUGGAGUUCACUCCUGUGCGAGCCGAUGGGGCUGCUGGGGAGGUGGCUGCCAUGUCUUGCACUGCUGCAUUCACUCCCGUGCGGGCCGAUGGGGCUGUUGGGGGGGUGGCUGCUCUCACCACCAGUAUAGUCACACCAGGUCACCCACAUUUGCCACCAGCCGCUCGCCUGCUCUUCCUGUUUCUACCUCCCCCCUGCUCCGCAGCUCCCCCAGUCCCCUGGUCACCCACACCCACGCUCCCUUCCUCCCCUGCCUUUCAGACCGCCGUGUGUGUAUCAGUGUGUUGGAGGGGGGCGUAUUACAGGCAGGAGGGGAGGGAGAUGCACCCCAAAGCCCCAUUGUCCCCCACGCUCCCCUUUCUUCCCCACUCCCCUCCCAGACCGCCAUGUGAGCAUCAGUGUGUUGGAGGGGGGCGUGCUGCAGGCAGGCGGGGAGAUGCCCCACCCACCCCCCUCACCCCCACUCAACUGUCUCUUUCCCCUGUCGCCCUCCCUUCCUCCCCACAGACCGCCGUGUGUGCAUCAGUGUGUUGGAGGGGGGCGUGCUGCAGGCAGGCGGGGAGGGAGACGCCCCCAAACGCCCCAUUGUCCCCCACGUUCCCCUUUCUUCCCCACUCCCCUCCCAGACCGCCGUGUGUGCAUCAGUGUGUUGGAGGGGGGCGUGUUACAGAAGAGGGAGGGGAAAUGCCCCUCAACGCCCCAUUGUCCCCCCCACUCCCUCGCUUCCCCAUUCCCCUUCCCACAGACCGUCGUGUGUGCAUCAGUGUGUUGGAGGGGGGCGUGCUGCAGGCUGCUGGGGAGAUGCCCCACCCACUCCCCUUCACUCCCUCCUCUCCAAUACCCCACAUACCCCAAUGUCUCCCUGAUUUGUUCCCCACAGAUCGCCGUGUGAGCAUCAGUGUGUUGGAGGGGGGCGUGUUGCAGGCAGGAGGGGAGAUGCUAGAGCGCGCUGCAGGGGGGGAGAUGCCCCACCCACUCCCCUUCACCCCCUCCUCGCCAAUACCCCACAUACCCCAAUGUCCCCCUGAUUUGUUCCCCACAGAUCGCCGUGUGUGUAUCAGUGUGUUGGAGGGGGGCGUGUUGCAGGCAGGAGGGGAGAUGCUAGAGCGCGCUGCAGGGGGGGAGAUGCCCCACCCACUCCCCUUCACCCCCUCCUCGCCAAUACCCCACAUACCCCAAUGUCCCCCUGAUUUGUUCCCCACAGAUCGCCGUGUGUGUAUCAGUGUGUUGGAGGGGGGCGUGUUGCAGGCAGGAGGGGAGAUGCUAGAGCGCGCUGCAGGGGGGGAGAUGCCCCACCCACUCCCCUUCACCCCCUCCUCGCCAAUACCCCACAUACCCCAAUGUCCCCCUGAUUUGUUCCCCACAGAUCGCCGUGUGUGUAUCAGUGUGUUGGAGGGGGGCGUGUUGCAGGCAGGAGGGGAGAUGCUAGAGCGCGCUGCAGGGGGGGAGAUGCCCCACCCACUCCCCUUCACCCCCUCCUCGCCAAUACCCCACAUACCCCAAUGUCCCCCUGAUUUGUUCCCCACAGAUCGCCGUGUGUGUAUCAGUGUGUUGGAGGGGGGCGUGUUACAGGCAGGAGGAGAGAUGCUAGAGCGCGCUGCAGGGGGGGAGAGGGGAGGGGGAGAAGGCGGGCUGGGGGAGGGGAGAUCGGGGGAGGGUGGAAGGGGAGAGAGGGGAGCGGGGGAGGGGGACGUGUGGGUGGCAUGGUACAUGCAGGGGCGGGAUGGGCGGAUGGAGCGGAUAGAGGGAGCAGAAGGGCGCACGUAUGUGCCUCAGGAGGCUGAUUAUGGUUGCUGUGUGGUGGCGGGCUGUCGCCCGUGGCUAUCUGAUGGCACAUGGGGCGACGAGGUGCUCUCUGCCCCAGGUCCCAUCGUGCUGCCAGAGCUGUCGGACGAGGAGGCGGUGUCACUGGAGGUGGAGGGGCGGGCAGAGGUGGGAGCAGUGCUGCACGCCCUGCAUGCUGUGUCGCCCGCCCUGGAGCCCUUCGUCACAGCUGUUCACAUGCAGUGGUGGCAGGCCAGCAGCGGCUCCGACUCGCACCGCCCGAUCGACGGCGCCACGUCAGCGCGCCUGCCAGUGACGGAGCGCCACGUGGGCGCGUACCUGCUGUGCUCCGCCACCGUGCUGGACUCGAGCACCGCUGCUGCAGCAGGGGCGGAGGAGGUGCGGGGUAUGCAGAGGGCACAGCAGCGGGGUGAGGGCGAGGGGGCCGUGCUGCUGGAGGGAGGCAGGGGAGGGGCGCAGGGCGGGCAUGAGCAAGGAGGGCGUGAACGAGGGCAGGAAGGGUUGGGAGGCCGCGUGGAGGAAGGGCAUGAGCAAGGGCGUGGAGGGAUUGAAGGCAUAAGGGGAGGGUAUGUGGGGGAAGGAGAAGGCAGACGGGAGAGCAGAGGGUCGGCAGAGGCAGCGAGUGCAGGGUCCCGCCCUGCAGCCACCCCCGCACACUCAGAAAGCAGCACCGCGCUGCGCAUAUCAGGAGGGCCCUACCACACGUCGCUCUUCCACCUGCACCUCCCGCCGUCGCUCCCUGCCCCUGCCUGGCUGCGCCCCUCCUCCUGCCGCAUCCAGUGGUUCCGCGUGCCCCCAGGGGGUUUCCAUGCGCUGGACCCCCACCCCAUACCUGGUGAGUUCUUCAGGUUAGGUGCGAGGUUAGGUGCCGUACCCCUAUCAUCCGUUUCCCCCCCCCUUUCCCUGGCUGCGCCCCUCCGCCUGCCGAAUGCAGUGGUUCCGCGUGCCCCCAGCCCAGGGGGAUUCCACGCCCUGGACCCGCACCCCCUACCCGGUGAGUGCCCGCCCCUGUGCUACCUCUGCCUAGCUAUUGAGGUGGAUAAGACGCCGUGCAACGGGCAUGUCAUACCCGGCAGACGUGCCACGGGCACAACAUACCAGGCGGUCGUGGCAGAUGCACACCAGUGCCUCGUGGUGGAGCUGCGGCUCUUGAGUCAAUGUGUCUCCCCUCCCUCCUCCCCUCCUUUCCCCCCACUCUCAGGUGCAACGGGCAUGACAUACCAAGCUGACGUGGCAGACGCGCAUCAGUGCCUCAUGGUGGAGAUGCGGCCCCUCCCCGCCCACGACCUGCACUCCCAGCAGGGGGAAGGGGAGGGGGAGGAGGUGGUGCUGCGAGUGCUGUCACCGCAAGUGCUUGUCGGGGCACGGGACGUGCACCGCAUUGUGAUGGCCGUUCGUUCAGUGGCCUCACAACCAGCCGCUCCCUCACUCACUCCCCCCUGCACUGUCGUCUCUCCCCGUGCACCUGUGCUCCCAUGCCCACCAGACCCCGCAGUGGCAAGGGAUGUGGAUCUCAUAGUGGCGGCGGGCAGCCUUCUGAACCCCGCAGUGGCAAGGGAUGUGGAUCUCAUAGUGGCGGCGGGCAGCACCAAAGUGGAGGUCAGUUCCCGUGACGGGUGGUGCUGGGGUUUGGUAAUCGGGAGGCUGGGUGGGCACACGAAGCAGUCACGUGCUGCUGUUAUAGGACCAUGUGCGUGCAACUAUCCUUCCCUGCCAGACCCCGCAGUGGAGACGGAUGUGGGUCUCAUAGUGACAGCAGGCAGCACCAAAGUGGAGCUGCCUUCCCCCCCCACCCAGCUGCGUUCCCCGGUGGCCAUGUGUUCUCAGGUGGCCAUGUGUUCUCAGGUGGCCAUGUGCUGUUGUGUCUAUACGCAUGACGUGGGGCGGUCAGGCCGAAGGGAGCACCGAGUGGUGGACGCCAGUAGAAAGCGGUUCAAAGUGGUGAAGCUCACAGCACUCGCUGCCAUCAACAGAGUGGAAGUCAGGGCAACCUACGACCCGCCCUUCAGGGUAACGCUCACGGCUCAGGUGGAAACUGAACCAGGCGAGCAGGAGCGCAUGCGGGUGGUGGUGAGUGCGGACAAGGAGGUGGAGACAGAGCCGGGCGAGCGGGAGCGCAUGCGCGUGGUGGUGAGUGCGGACAAGGAGGUGGAGCUCACACUUCCCUCCACCCUCUUUCAACCCCUUCCUCUCCCACCUCUCAUUGCACCUUUGAGCCAUCAGGUGGAAACAGAACCGAAUGAGCGGGAGCGCAUGCGCGUGGUGGUGAGUGCAGACAAGGAGGUGGAACUCACACUUCCCUCGCAACGAGCCCGGGAUGUCAUGGUGCUCUGCCUCCGUGCCUUCAUGCAGCAGCACCGCACUGCCAAGCACCAUUAA